CCAGGCGCGCGCUCUCGCGGGUCGGCGGGAGCUGAGCGCGCGGGCCGCUCCCUCAGCGCGCGCGGCCUCCCGCUCCCUUCCCCCGCACCCCCCCUUCCCCCCCCCCCCCCCCUUUCCCGCCGCCAUGUCGGAGGAGAAGCCGAAGGAAAGCGUGAAAACGGAGAACGACCACAUCAACCUGAAAGUGGCGGGGCAGGAUGGCUCCGUGGUGCAGUUCAAGAUCAAGCGGCACACCCCGCUCAGCAAGCUGAUGAAGGCUUAUUGCGAGCGGCAGGGCUUGUCGAUGAGGCAGAUUAGGUUCAGAUUUGAUGGACAACCAAUUAACGAAGGAGACACACCUGCACAGCUGGAGAUGGAAGACGAAGACACUAUCGACGUGUUCCAGCAGCAGACGGGUGGAGCGUGUUAAGCCAUGCUGUCCUUUUGAGGAGUUCAAGGAUCCUCAUCACACCUCACUCUCUCAUCUGUCCUUGGAUUUGCUAUUAAAUAGUAAACAAAUGAACAUGCCAAUCACAUGGGAUUCUUCUAAACUUUAGAGGACAUUUACCAAAAUUGCUUGUUGUCUUUGACGUACUGUGUGUGCAAGUCAAAACAGUAUCUGCAGGGAUUAAUCUAUAUCUUAAAUUGGGCCAAGUUGAUUUAAGUUCAGAUUAAGUAAUAUGGGUUGUCUCUCUGCUGUUACCUUUUUUUCCUUGUCUGUUUGUUGGUUUGUUUUGUUUUGUUUUUUCCUUUAAACCUGUGGCCUAAAUAUCCAUCCAUGUGUUAGGACAUGGAGUGUUCAUUCCUGGCUCUCGUCGGUCUCACCCCUCUUGUUUAAUUCUAACCCUGUAAAUAAUUCAGUAUAUUUUCAUGCCAGUUGUGAGCAUAAAAGUUUCCUUUUAAGGUGUGCCUAUGGGAAGGAGAAAAGAUGCUGAUUUUAAGGUGGUUUUUUUUUAGCAUGUGUUGCAAACACAGUUAUUACAGGAGUGUUGAGCCUACUUCACAAGGCUGGUACAUGCAGACACAAUGCUUAGUAUAGAGUUGGGAGUUUCAGCUAUUGCAGAUUGACAUGUGCUUUGUCAUCCUAUGAUAAAGUUGUCUGAAAUAUACUUUUUUAACGCAGAA